UGUGUUUUUUGUUUUAUUUAGGGGGGGGGAUGAGAGGGAAGAAUGCAUCUUUUAAAGUGGCUGAUUUUGUAUUCCUGAAGUAGGGUGACACGCUAAAGCUCUUAAUGUUUGUGAUGUCUUUGACUGGAUUUUUUUUUACCCAUUUAUCUCUUUCCCCAUCACUGAUAGAGGAGGUGGAGAUGACGAUGAGAAGAACUGAUAUCGUGACUUCCAUUUUCUACUUCAAGAUGAAAUCUCUUCAGAUGACGGUGUUGAGAAAAGUAACAAAAGGGAGACAUUUGCAGAGAGAAUAACGUGACCGUGUUGAAGUACUACUCUUGUCAGUUACACGGCCCGCACAGUUAAACGACAAACUGCCUUUGUAAUGGGAGUGAAUUUAUGCUUCUGGAUUCUUGGUCUCUACCUGGCCCUACCUUUGGAAGGGAUAUAUCCUCCACUCUGUCAAACAGGGUAUACGAUUUCUAAGAUUGGAAGUGGCUGUUCUGAUACAGAUGAGUGUGUGGAAGAUCCCUCCAUCUGUGGGAACCAUUCUACUUGCUUCAACACCCUUGGUAGCUACCACUGUCAAUGUCAUCCUGGGUUCGAAUCUAGGAUCGCUUAUUUCACUUCCGCAGAUGGAGAAUGUACAGACAUUGAUGAGUGUGGUGAGGACAGACAUAUUUGUGGGGAGUGGGGAACCUGUCACAAUAGGAAGGGAAGCUACUGGUGCAGUUGUCUCCAGGGAUUCCAUCAGGAAGGCAAUAUAAGUUCCAUGUGUGUAGACGUAAAUGAGUGUGUAGGGGCUGGGAACAAAUACCCCUGUGGCGAGAAUGGAACCUGCUGGAAUCUGGAGGGCAGCUACAGGUGUCAUUGUCCCCCUGGAUUCACUACCUACGGCAACAACCAAUCUAAGUGUCAAGAGCUGAAUUGUGACCCUUUUGGAACUCAGAGUACACCUGAACAGACUCUACCAGGUUUUGACAGCCUCUUGUCUCUCCUGAGAAACAACUGUUUGGUGUUGAUUAACUCCUCUGGGUUGGCUGGAGCUACAGAAAAGACUGGAGAGGCGCUUUUGACAGUACUGGCCAAUGUCACUGAUGCUCUUCAACUCCAGUCCAAUGGUCAAGGUGGUAACAGCGCGAAAGUGACUACGCUCCUGAGGACAGUAGAAAACUCUAUCAGACUGAUUGCUCCACAGCUUAGAGAAAAUGUGAGCAGGAUAAAUACAAGCCAUACAGAGGUAGAAGUUGUGGUGAGGAGGGACAGGACACCACCCCGAGGACCAGUCAGACUGACAAAUGAAAACAUCCAACUUGACACCACCUGGGAGACGGCGAUCGGAGAUGACACGAAUUUCCCAGGUUUUGGGUUUGCCAUUUUGCUCAGCUACAAGAGUCUGCAGAAUUUGACCAACAGCUCUGAGCAGCUCUCCUCCAGAGUGGUGACUGUAUCUGUUAGCAACCCCAACACAACAAACCUGUCUGAACCGAUCAUUCUCACCUUCACUCACUUGAAGUCCAGUGAUGCGAAUACCACCUGUGUUUAUUGGUCAGAGGAUGGUGAGGGGGCUUGGUCAAUCCAGGGCUGCGCCUCCGUGAUGUCCAACUCCACCCACACUGUGUGCUCCUGCACCCAUCUCAGCAGCUUUGCCCUGCUCAGGGGAAUCCAAGAGAAUAAGAAAUGCAGACAGUUGCAGUUGGUGAUGUGGGCGGGCGCUUCCGUGGCGCUGGCUUGUGUGGUCCUAUCCCUACUCAUGACCCUGUGGUGUCGCUUUGUCAGCAAAAAGCGCAAUGGAGGGAGCCGACCAGAACAGCAUUUUAACCUCUAAAGCACCUCAAUUUAGACAGCAGGGAUUUCUAAAAUCUCUUUCCUGUGUUUUGUAUAUAAUCCCACCCUAUUUCAAUUUACUGUAAAAUAACUAUUUAGACUGUGAACAAACUGUUAGAAAAUGUAAAUAUGAUGUUUCAGUUUCAACCUCAGUCAAUUGAUAAACAGGAUUUCAUGUAAUAUAUAAAUGUAUUUUGAUAUUAUUGAUUGUUCUCAAUUCCCAUCAAUGUUAAUUUACUUUUAUCACUGUUCAAUUGUACGUAGACGAGUUUACCAUAUAGUAUUAUUGUACAAGUUUAAAUAGCAACUCUGUUGUAAUCAAAGGAAGGACGUACAUGUUUGUUCAUGAAAGACUGAACACACACCUUUACGCUCACUGUGUAUACUGGACACCUAGAAAGGGACAAACUGCACAUACAUACCUACAUUACAUUCAUACUGUCAUGUGGCCGAUGGUCGGCGGCCUGGAGACCGGUUCAAGUGCAUCAGGCAGAUUGCGUGUGAACAUGAAACGAGGAGAACAAAACAUGCGUUAAACAGCAACCUCUUCAAUAUUUCAGGCUUUCUAAGUAGGAAAGCUCAAAUUAGAGUGCUGUGUAGUAAAGCUCAUCAAGUCGCUGGUACAUUGAUAAAGUUAGAUCAUAAAGUGACUUGCUUCCUCUUUUAUGUCAAAAUCAGGAAUCUAGAUACUGUUUGCUUAUUGGGGAUCGGUGAAACAUCCACAUUUAUUCGCUCAUUUUAAUACACCAAUAGUAACGUCUUAUUCUCAUACCCUAUUUAAAUAAGUACUGCCUUGUAACCAUCAUUGCAGAAGACGUGUUCGCAGAGGGACGUUGUUUACAUAGCUAGCUAGCUAGACUACUGGUGUCACAAUUUGACUGCAGGGUGUUAUAGGUUUCCCUUAUUUAUCUGUGGUAAAUAUACUUCUAGGUUUUCACUUUCAUCUGUAUCUGGUGUUGGCUAGUUACUGGCCAGCAUGGGGGAAGGAAUUCUGUUUGGAACACCGACUCAGUUGUCAUGUCAGUGCUGCUAUGAACUGCAACAGAAGAGACAUGCCAAACGAUGUAUACAUAAUUAUUGACAUGCCAAUGCAUGGUUUAUGUACAUGGUCUGGCAGUCAGCAAAUGUAAUUGAUGAAGUCAAGCCAGGCUUUUUCUGACCAGUUUCAACUGAACCUGUCCAACAUGAACUGAGACAGGAUGUUGUCUAUAUCGAUGCGGUUACAAAAACCGAACAGUUGGAUAGACAAAUAAUUUGUGAAGCCAUGGUGUGAUGUAUGACAGGAUUGGAAUCUUGUUUGAGCUUCGUGUAUCAGCACAUUUGCUUGAGAUGAUCUCACUGCAGCGUUGCAUCCAAGUUGCCGUCAAUCAAGGUGAGCUCCCCACCCACUCAGACUGGUCCUUCAGCCUUACUGAUAGUUGGAAAUGAGAGAAAAGGUCCAUUCUGAGCAUUUGAAUCUAGGUGGGGGGUAUUAUGGUUGAUGUUCUAGUCACUCAAACGCUAUUUUCGUUGGGAAAUAUAGUACUGCUGGACCUUUUUUAAGCUUAUGAUUUUGUAAUUGGGGUUAUGCUCAAAAGCUCAUGUGUAUCAAUUAUUUUUGUUGUGUGACUGGAUGGCUUUAACCCGUUAUCUCCGUUCCCCUAAUGUUGAUAGAGCAACUGAUUCGCUGUAGCUACGCAUUCUGCUGUUAAAUGAAAUACUGUAUAUAUCGUCACAAAUGAACAGUAUGAUUGCGAAAGGUGAGGAAACACAAGAAUGGAUCAAAUGAUAAAGACAGAGUGUGUGUGAGAACAUGCAAUAGUUGAUCACACAUCAACUCAGAAAACUUCUUGCACUUGAACCCUGUGCUUUCGUGAGCUCACUGAGUAGCUUAAUCACUAAUGCCUUGGUUUGGACAGCAGGUUUGUACUAUCAAGAAAGUGUCAUAUUUGUGUUGUGGAGAAAUGACCAGGCAGGAGACGGGAGUACAGUUAGUUUUCGUUUAGUCAAAAACCCCU